CCGACCACCAAGCGACACUUCAAAUUUUGGUCUCUACCGCGUCGAGGACCGCCAAGUGUCGCUCGAAUCCCCACCUAUUCUCUUCAAACAACAAUGGCAUCCAGCAUAGCAAGAAGUCUUGCGCGUCUAAUGUCGACGACGGCACCCAGGUCAUCGACAGCGACCGCUUAUCCAUUUUCCAAAACCGCCUUGGUUCCUCCCCCACCACCGGACCACGUCACACCCAAACUGCUUCAAGGCAAAGGCAUCAUGGAACAUGUCCGCAAAACCAUCCCAACACCAGAAAAGCGAGCACUCCUCGACAAAUUUUUCUCGAGGAAAUCACCAGACCAGUUGUUACCCGGCUCGAUUGUGACUGUGCUGCAAGACCAGGCUCCAACACAAUUCACUGGGGUGCUGAUUGCAAUUAGGAGGAGAGGGCAGGAUACGUCGUUCAGGCUGAGGAACGUUAUUCAGAGGACGGGUGUGGAGAUGCAGUUCUUUGUGAACUCGCCGAGUUUGAAGGAGAUCAAGCUUGUUAGGCCGCCACCAGGCGGAAGGAUGAGGAGGGCCAAGCUGUUCUACUUGAGGGAUUCACCGGACAAGAUGAGCAGGAUUGCUGGAGGAAAGAAGUAAUUGUUCGAGCCUUUCCAGCUUCAUAGCUUCCGACCGUACAUUAGUAGACCGAGAACGUGAUACAUUAUCAUAAUAAUACCAUUGCAUUAUAACGAA